AUGCACCUCCAUGGGCGGCUCGGCUGCGAGCACGCGUACCCCGACGAGCUAAAGGACCUCACGCCGCUCGAGGAGAAGCUCAUCUCGCUCAACUCGUGCUACGGCUUCGUGACGAAGUAUAGCAUCCCCGGCGGCCAGAGGCAGAGCGUGAGGUACCCGAGGCACGUCAAGGGCCAUAUCACGGUGUUCCCGAACGACGUGCAGGGCCUGGCUGCCAAGGUGCUCCCGCACCCGCUGGUCCGGGUCAUGGACGAGAUCCACGUCUCGUGGCAGGGCGCUGAGAGGCCCGGGCCGCGGGACCUAUCAGGCCUGCUGUCGGUAAGGCGGUCGGCGGUCGAGAGGGCGCUGGCCUGGCUCAAGGAGAACAACCCGCUCUACGGCGAGGUCGAGAUCGACGCGGCGGAGAUAGCCAGCUGGGGGGCGCCGCCGCACGGGGUGCCGCCGGUGGUGUGCGAGCGGCUGGAGCGAAACGAGCCGUCGGCGCGGGAGAGGACGCAGACGGCGCAGGUGGUGCCGCCGUCGGAGCGGGCCAUGGACGACGGAGGCGCGGCCGAGAUCGAGGAGGUCCUCGCGAUGCUAAGGCAGGGCCAGGACCCCGCCGAGGGGAGCCGCGACGUCGGGCUCACGUGCGAGGACGACGACAGGGACGGCGCUAGGCCCGAAGAGGACGGGGACGUAAUCAAUGAGGUAACGUCUUCCGGCAUGUUCCCGUUAGAUGGGGCGCCAGAUGUGGCCGACGCCGAGAAGAUUCGCUUCGCCCGCGACGCGGUCGGGCCCGAGGAGCGCGCGCCAGCCCGAGGACGCGGGCCGAGGCUCGCCGACGAGGACGCCGCGGGAGAGCGCGGGCCCAGCGUCGGGAACCAGGGCGCCCAGGCGGAGCGGGUUGCAGAGGGCCUUAUGUCGACGCGGAACAUGAAGCUCCAGGCAUGGGCCGACGUCGUGCUGCGGCGUCACGGCGGCCGGUUCGCGACGCACCCUAUCUUCGCCUUCCUUGUCUUUAACAUGGGCGUGCGGUCUAAGAACCGCCAGGCCAGCAUGCUAGGCGUAGCGAGGAAGAACUUCGCAAGGGUCGAGGGCCUACUAAAGUCGUUAACGGCGCAGAGGCUCGAGGCGGCCAGGCCGAGCUCGAGGCCACAGGUACGGGUGCCGGCUAUCUGGUUCACGCUGAACCCGAACGACAUUACGAACCUAGUAAAGUUACGGCUAGCGGCGCACCGCGGCCGCGACCCCGACGAGGCCGAGGCCUUCCUAAGUGACCUAGGGACCGCGUAUAAGCGGACGCGGCUGGCCAUAUCGGACCCGAUGAGCUCGGCCGUCUUCUUCCACCGGGAGAUGACGCUCUUCUUCGAGCACUACGUCAACGUCGGGGAGGAGUCGGUGUUCGGCCACGUCGGCGCAUACUACGGGGCGGUAGAGACCAACGAGCGAGGCGCCCUCCACAUCCACGGGCUCCUCUGGCUAAGGGGCAACGCGGGCAUUGGCGACGCGCUCGCCGGCCCGGACGCGGAGGAGCAGGCGGCGUACCGGGAGCGCAUCGUCCGCUACGUAGAUAGCGUCUUCUCUGAGGAGCUAGACGCAGAAGGUUACUGUGCCAUGCAGGCAGAGCGGUCGGCCACGGCGGACAUAUCGUCGCGGCUCGACGACGUCGCGCGCUUCACGGACACCUUCGACGAGGAGGCCAACUUCUGCGCGGGCGCGACGCAGAUCCAUACGCAUAGCGCGACCUGCGUAAAAUACUCGCCCGGCGGCAGGGCGAUGGCAGUGGGGCUACGACACAACCACGACAUCUCGUUCAUCGCGACGCAGCGCAAGACCAUGGCCCUAAUCUACUAUAUUACUAACUAUGCGACGAAGGUAGAGGACCCGGUGUGGAAGCGUGUGGCCGCCGCGGCCGAGUUCCUUCCUGUGCUAGAGCCGACGGGAGAGGGCAACAGAAGUGGCGCCGACCGCGACGCCGGCCGGGAGGGCGGGGCCGAAGGCGGCUCAGCGUGGGCGUAUAUAAACGCAAACCAGCUCUACUGGGCCGUCUUCCGCCGGUGGCGGCACCUCCGACGGGCGAGCGGCGCCGAGGCGACGGGCGACGCGCCGGACGAGACGGCGCUUAGGCGGCCGGGUUGCGGGGCGACUGUAUGCGUCGACGGAUACCUCAGCAAGGAGUUCAGCGAGGAAGACGACGAGUCGUGCCACCGGAGGGCGGCGGUGCAGCACCUGGCCCUAUUCGUGCCGUGGAACAACGUGCAGCUCCUCCGGCGGUCGGCGGAGGACGCGAAGCGCGACGCCAAGCAGUGGGCCGCCACGGCCGAGGAGGGCGAGCUGCUAGCGAUGACGCAGCAGCUCUGCCGGUUCCAGCAGUCGGCGCUCGGGUCGGCGGCCGAGCUCGCGGCGACGGUGGUGGCGGACGAGAGGGCAGGCAGGCGGGUGAACCUACCGGGCUCGGCGCUGUCGGGGCGGCACUGCCGCGGCAAGAAGAGAUGCGGGCCAUCAAGUCGCAGCAGAGGAGCGCGGCGCGGGGCGGAGCGGGCGAUCCAGGGCAUCCAGGGCGGCGGGGCGGCGGCGGGCGUCGGGGCCGACCGCGGCGCGGCCCUUCGCGGGGUGAUGGGGGGCUUCGGCGAGGACGACAUCGACGUAACGGCGGCCGACGGCGACGCAGACGCAGGCACGGCGGCGGGGAUGCGCGAGCUGGCGGGCCAGCUCACGCUCAACGAGAAGCAGGCCAUCGCCCUCCUAAUCGUGUGCCGGCAACUCGACCGAAUCCGGCAGGGCGACGACGCAGGCGGCGACGGUGGUGGCCAGCUCUGCCUAUUCAUCGGCGGCGAGGGCGGCACCGGCAAGUCGCGCGUCAUCGAGGCGCUCGUCGAGCUGCUCGCCCGGAGGGACCUAUCGAGCCGGGUACUGGUUACGGCGACGUCGGGGACGGCGGCAGCGCGGAUCAACGGCAUCACGCUGCACUCGGCCUGCGGCCUUACGGUCGGCCAGGGCGGCCGGGCGGGAGGGGCGACGAGGGACAUUGACGGCGUACGGCUGGCGGGCCAGGGCGAGCGCUUCGUCGACGGCCGGUCGCGGAUGGACUGGCAGGAGAAGGAGGUGCUGGUGAUCGACGAGGUCAGCAUGCUCGGGGCGCGGACGCUGCACGCCGCCAACGAGCAGCUCUGCCGGCUGCGGGGGUCGGCGCGGGACUUCGGCGGCAUCCCGGUAGUGAUCCUCUGCGGCGACUUCCACCAGUUCCGGCCGGUGCAGGAACGGUCGAUCCUGCUGCCGAGCGCGGCGGUGGCGUGGGACGAGGACGGGGCGUUCGCGGCCGAGCAGCGGCGGCAGCACGACAAGGCGCACGCGCUGUGGCGGCGCUUCACGACGGUCGUCAUGCUGGACGAGCAGAUGCGGGCCGCCGGCGACCCGGAGCUGCGGCGGCUGCUCGGGCGGAUCCGCCGGGGCGAGCAGGACCGGUCGGACCUAGAGCUGCUCAACUCGAGAUGCUACCGGCCGGGCAGGCGGAUCCCGUGGGAGACGGGCCUGACGGUGGUGACGCCGCUCAACCGGAACCGCUGGAACCUCAACCUAGAGGCGGCGCUCGCGUUCCGGAGAGGCGGCGGACGGCGGCGCGCGUCUUCCUCCGAGCAUAAGUGGAGGGACGGCGUGCCGACGGAAGAGGAGGCGGUGCUAAUGCUAGGCCAGGGCGACGACAGCGCGACCCCGGUGCCGGCCGUCUUCCUCUUCGUGCCAGGCAUGCCGGUCGUCGUGAACCAGAACACGCACCAGGGGCUGAAGCUUGUGAACGGGGCCGGGUACACGGCGGUGGACGUCAUCCCCGACCGCGCCUUCCCCGGCCACCGCGUCUCGGCGGAGCUCAUCAUGCACUUCGGGCCGCCGGCGGGCAUCGUGCUGGCCUCGGAGACGACCAGGACUUCCACUUCGUCGGGAUGCCUGCCGGGACGAUCCUGCUAA